GGACAGUGAUGGCGCCCGCCGCGCGGGUCCUGGAGUCCCUUUAAGAUCUGCCUGUGACACCAAACAAGGAUGGAAGGGAAUGCCGUUCCCGACCAAGAGCAGCUACUGCUAUUUUUAAAGAAACUCAAAGAAGUAUUCGAUGUUUGUGACGAUGAUGCGGACGGCUACAUUAGUGUUGAGCAUUUCGUGGAUCUUGGUUUGCAGUUCGGGCAAGGAGAAGAGGUGAAGAAGUUGGCUAGAUACCUGGACCCCAACGCUCAGGGCCGUAUCAACUUCAAAGACUUCUGCCAUGGAGUGUUCGCAAUCAAAGGCUGUGAGGAGAUCCUGAAGACUGCACUAGGGACGCGCAAUCUCACCCGCCGACCAUACGAGACGGACAAUGGAUACUACUAUCAGCGUGGGGAGGAGGGACUCGGCCGGCCGAUCAUCAUGUGCACACGGCCGUACCCCACCUGCCAUCUGUUUCCCGAAGAGGAGGGGCCGACCGGCAGAGACGCCCAGGAGUCGGACAUGGACAGCGCCGUGGAGAGUGCCCCGGGUUCCGAGACUUCCGAAGGGGGGAGGCCCAGUGACAAAGACGAGGGACUGGGAGGCCUCUUCCUGCCUGGAGACAAGUGUGGUCAGAUGAAUCCUUCUGUGACCUCUGACCUGUCCACACGCUCCUCUGCCUCCCUAAAUGAGGAGCAGUUUGAGGACUAUGGAGAGGGCGAGGACGUGGACUUCAGCCCCAGCAGCCCCUGUCCCGAUGACGAGACCCGCACCAAUGGCUACUCCGACCUGGGCUCCUCUGUCCCAUCCAGCGCCGGUCAGACCCCACGGAAGAUGAGACACUUGUACAACAGCGAGCUUAUGGACGUGUACUGCUCCCAGUGCUGCAAGAAAGUCAACCUUCUCAACGACCUUGAGGCACGGCUCAAGAACCUCAAGGCCAACAGUCCCAACAGGAAAAUAUCCAGCACAGCCUUUGGACGGCAACUCUUCCACAACAGCAACAUCAGCAGCAGCAAUGGAAGCACGGAGGACCUGUUCCGGGACAGCAUCGACUCCUGCGACACCGACAUCACCGAGAAGGUGAGUUACCUGGAGAAGAAGGUGACAGAGCUGGAGAACGAUAGUCUGAUGAACGGGGAUCUGAAAUCAAAGCUGAAGCAGGAGAACACACAGCUGGUCCACAGGGUUCAUGAGCUGGAGGAGCAAAUGAAGGACCAGGAGGCGCGAGCAGAGCAGAUUAUGGAGGAGGAGCUGAAGAGGCAUCGCGAGGCUUACAGCAAGAUGGAGAGGGAGAAGACUACAGAGAUUGAGCUGCUCAGUAACAGGGUCCAGCAGCUGGAGGAGGAGAAUGGAGAGAUGAAGGUGAACAUGUGCAGGCUGAAGUCUCAGACGGAGAAACUGGAUGAGGAGAAGCAGCGGAUGACAGAUAAACUGGAGGACACCAGCUUGCGUCUGAAGGAUGAGAUGGAUCUCUACAGGAAGAUGAUGGACAAGCUAAGGCAGAACAGGCACGAGUUUCAGAAAGAGCGGGAGGCCAUGCAAGAGUUGAUUGAGGACCUGCGCCGGGAGCUGGAGCACCUGCAGAUGUUCAAGCUGGAGACAGAAAGACCAGGCCGAGGGCGGCACUCCUCCUCCAGCAUGUCAGAGUUCAAUGCUAAGACCCGCGAGAUGGAGCUGGAGCAUGAAAUCAAGCGCCUAAAGCAGGAGAACCAGAAGCUGCGGGACCAGAACGACGACCUGAAUGGGCAGAUUCUCAGCCUCAGCCUGUAUGAGGCCAAGAAUCUCUUCGCCACCCAGACAAAAGCCCAGUCCCUGGCUGCAGAGAUCGACAACGCUUCCCGUGACGAGCUGAUGGAGGCCCUGAAAGAGCAAGAAGAGAUCAAUUUCCGCCUCAGGCAGUACAUGGACAAGAUUAUCCUGGCCAUCCUGGACCACAACCCUUCCAUCCUGGAGAUCAAGACCUAAAUGUCACGGUUUGGUGAGAAGGAGAAGAAGCAGAGCCACACUGGGCAGACAGCACCCCCUACAGCCUGGGGGUUUGUACUGCACUGUCACGGCCACUGGAACUAAAGUCAUUAUGUGUUUACAAAAGGAGUUUCGGUACUUCACUGUAGUAAUCUGUGAGUCACUAAAGAUGUUGAUAUCUUUCAUGCACUUUUUUCCCCAUUUUAUUCAAUAUUUUUGUCAUUGCUACUGUUGUUGUCUUAAAAAAUACAAAGAGGAACCACGACUGGAAAAGGCAUUAGGAAUGUUUGGAAUUGGGAGGGUAUUUUAUCUCAGUUGUAGGUUAUGUAUAAAUACUACCUCUGGGUAUAUAAGUACAAUGUUACACACACCUGCAAUACUAUAUGAUUACACAGACAGAAAAACAGCAAAGACCCUCAGAUAAACAGGGAGCCCAAUACAACUUUGGUCCUAAUGUCAGUCUUCUGUAUGUGAAGGCCCCUGAGACAGUUGUGGAAGCAAGUCAGGUCUGAAUGCCAUGUAGGUCGAUUGAGAAGGUGAUGCAGCAUGUGAAUAUAUGUACUGUCUUUGUGCAAGCAAGACAGUAAGGAAGUAUUCUGGUACCAGGGUGUUGCUUUCAGGUUGUUGGCCUAUUAUAGCAGUCACACUCCUAAGACAGUAGAGGGGAGACAAAAGAGAGGGUUCAUUGAUUUGACAGUAGAGCACAGCAAAUAAGAGCAGACUUGGACGAGAAGCUUCAGACCUGCAGAAACCCAGAGGAUGUGUGACGGUGGAGCAUUUCUGGAGCGUGAAGACGUGCAAAAUGUGAGGCCCUGUCGCUGUAAUAGAAACAGGAGGUUCUGUCAGAUAAGUAUUCCAGCUUAUAACAGGUGCAGCAAGGCUAGCUGUGGAGUUUGGCUGAGGACUGCGGAGAUGUGUGGAAACCAGAAUGUUGUCCGAAAGACAAGUGAGGUGCAGAUGGAUUUCUCUGGUCUAGGUGGUCCUCCUUGAUCCUGAAGUUUCAGGCGCUUGAGUGAGGCACAGAGGCCAUCUGGCCUCCUCUUGGUUCGGCUUUCUCAGCCUGUUUCGGAAUGUCUUGCGAAUGCAGAGAAAGUGACAGCAGUGAUGAGCGGGCAUUCACAGGAACAGAUCUCAGCUCACAAUACCACAACACCAUUGGUCCAAAAAGCACAGCGCUGCAUCUCACCUAAUGUGUGUGACUUUGUCCUCAUGACUGUGUGUCAACCCAGAGUUUAACGUGAGAACAGCCAUAGAAGUUCGAUUUAUUUGUUUGUAUUGGGAUAACAUUGUUUAAGAAGGAUUUACUCCUCAUGAUGGGCUUGUUUGGGAUAUUUGAUGCCUUUUUAGGCUACAGCAAGGCCAGGCUGGUGUGUGGCUGGGAUAUUCCAGAGAUGGAUUGUCCUGAGUGGGUCACUUUUGGAACACAGGCAUAUUUUGGGUGCCUGCAUCACACCCACAGCCAUGGAGUGCUGGUCCUGGUUGGAAGCUGAUCUGGACUACAGUCGGAAUUAUGAUCUGGAGUAGCACUGGACUACAGUCAGAACUAUAUGCCCCUGGGUGGAGCAGCAUGGAGGGUUACCAGAAACAACCUUAAAAUUCUUGGUCUAAACCUAGCCACAAAAUUCAAUUUGUGCUUCCAUUGCUGUAGAACGGUGAUUGAAUGUUACCCCACCAAAUACAAUAGUAUGUAAACUAUGCAUAAUUAUAGCUUAAUUACAGCAUGAUGAUAUAUGUGAACAUUGUGACAUUUUAUUUCCUUAAACACAGCAAAGGUUUAUCUUGAGGGAAGUCUCUUGAGCCCCCUGGGAAAUAUCGUGUGAGUUUGAUAGUUCAGCUGUGUGAAUUUCAGGGACCAGAUUGUGAAAUGCCAACCAGCAUUUUCAUGAGUGUCUCGUUGUGCUGUUGACAGGCUAUGGUGAAUCUGGCUAAGCCUGAUCCUGCUGCUCCACCCUCAUUGCCCUGCCCCCUGUAACUGGUACAGGAGAACAGAGGCUGGGGAUGUUAGUAACGUACAAGUUCGUGAAUGUAAAGCAUUUGAUGUGAAUGUACAGACUAUAUAUACAAUAUACAGUGAAACGUACAAUAUACAUAUAUACGUGAAUAUGUAUGCAUAAAUGAAACCAGUACUUGAAUGUUGGUCGGGAGGAUAGAAGUAGAAAUUAUUUUGCAGAUAAUCCAAGUCCGCGGAUGUAAAAAUGAAAGAGAGAAAUCAUUUAUUUUUUCACAGAUCUUUAAAUGAAAUGGGGCAGGCAGAGGAAAAAAAUAAAAGAGGUACGGUGUUCUUGAGUAGAGUAGGUACUCUAUAAGACACUUAGUCCAAAUGGAUGAUGAGUAGGUUGUCUACAGAGGACACUGUAGGCGUAGGGAAAGAACACAUCCAUCUGGGAAUGGAUUCAGCCUUUAACUGUAUCAUAAGCCCCCUGCAUACAAAGCUAUUCAAGGCACUAACUUACCAAGCCUUAGCCUCAUGUGAAAGUCUUAAAACACAGACUUGAAACUCCCCCCAGUGGCUGUCAAUGCUAAAGCAGUUCUGAGAUCUGAGAUAACCCUUUUUAAAUUUACAGCAGAGAGUAUAGUGCAACAAAUUUCAUCCAUAGUAGCUGUAGCUCAUGACAUCUCAGCAGGACUCAGUACAGCAGAUAUUUUCACCUGGCAGGAAGGUACUGUAGUAUAGACAGGCAACAAAUGGGAUCUCUGUGAAAAUGCUUUGCAGAAUUUCUUCAGAGGGUUUCAAACAGAAUGAAGUUACCUGUAAAGGCAUGAAGCUUGCAUUUGGGUGCAAACAGAGUCCUUGUAUGCUAUGUGCCCCUUAGCAGCACAAAAAUGAAAAUGUUUGUAAACACUGUAAAUGUCAUGAAUGUAUCACCUUGUAUUUCACUCUGUUUAAGGGGCUUCUUGUAAAAAGGUACAUUUUACUGAGAUAUUUAAGUCAUGUGCAUAGCAGUAUUUGAAGAGCUGUAAUUAGGGAAAGGCUACAAAAAAAUGAUCUGCUGUAAACUGUAUUGUAAGAGACUUUAGUUUUGCUUUGUUGCACAGAACAGGUUUCUUUGCAUGGUCUCACUUUUUUUCUGGUAUUUGUGCCUUUUUAAUCUCAAGAAGUAACACACUUUGUUUUUUCUUCUAGUUAUUCUUUUUGGUCAGCUACAUAGAGCUUUUAUACAUUUGCAAUCUAAUCUGUGUCUGAACAUUUUUUUCAUAAAUUGUAAAUGUUGUACAGAAAAUAGUUACUAUUUGUAUUCAUGUGCCACUCAUUACACUUUUAAAAACGAAUAAAAAAAAAGUCUUUUUUACAGUUUUAAGAGAAAAUGACAGGAUGUCAUAGAGAUUGUGUGUGUCCACAAUAUAUUUACAGCACAAUGUUUUUAAGUUGUUGGUUUGGGACAGGUUCACUUUUAUGGAUUCCGUCUCUCCUCUGUGACGCCCUGUUUAUGACUGCGGUGUCUGUUUUGUUGUUAUAGUUUUCAUUGUCUCAUUUAACUACUUUUACGGUUUUGUCAGUGUGCAAUUUGCUCUUUCUUCACAGUCAUCUCUUGUUUUAGGGAUGGGGUUACAAGGCAAUAUUACUUUUCCCCAUGUUAAACCAAGGUGUGCUGACAGAGGGUCCUCUGUAAUCACUCUCUCUGUGCCCACCAGCCCAGGCACUUCAGUACCUGCUAUAUGCAAGCUUGUCCUUAUGCCUUUCCACAGUUCAUCCUCUUUGUGGUGGCAGUAACCCAUGUCCUGAUAUGGCCAGUGCAGAGGCCUGAGCAGUGAUGUCAAACUCUUGUUUGGUGAGAAAAAUAUUUACAACCACAUUCCCCCACACAGCCACAAGCAGGUACCCAAUUUGCUACCCCCAUGUUUGUAAGAUGGCGGAUUAUAUUGUCUUUUUGACCUGUUGGAUUUGAAAUGUGAAGUGGGUCAGUGCAACACGAGGAAGCAAAACACCUGAAUUUCCUAUUUUUUUUAAAAGCUGUCUACAUGGCAUCAGUCAGUCACUUCCUCUCCUUCCCCAAACUAUCCAAAGCUCUGGCAACCCCAGUUCAGCACUGGUAGUUCAGUGGUUGGAACAGCAGUGGGGGUAAUAUUGCCUGGUCAGCCCAACAAGAGCAUUGCUUUAGUUCUGUAACCCUGCCACUUUCUGUGCUAAUUUACCACCUUUGCUGCACCACAGCACCGCCCUCUAUUCAUGGUUUUAUAUGAACACAUCCAGGAAUGGCUGAUGUGAGUCCUUAUAGGUAGUUGUGAUGUACAAACUUCAGCUGUAAAUAAAAUUAUUUGCUUUGGCAUGAUUA